AAGCCUCAUUUCUCUCACCUCUUUAAUACACAUGACUCACCCAUCAUAAGAGUAAUUUCAUAACAAACCCCACCUCACAAAAUUCAUGCCCCAAAUCUCACCAUGAAUUCUCUCCGCCGCAUUCCCCUCUUCCUCCUCCUCCUCCUCCUCACCUCCGCCGCCGCUCAGCCCGCCCGCGACCCCACCAAUGAAAACCAGUACAACUACGCCAAGUUCAGCCCCUCCAUGGCCAUCAUCAUCGUCGUCCUCAUCGCCGCCCUCUUCUUCAUGGGCUUCUUCUCCAUCUACAUCCGCCACUGCACCGACUCCUCCUCCUCCGUCGCCGGCGCCCGCCGCGUCCUCUCCCUCCGCGCCCGCCGCGCCGCCGCCUCCCGCGGCCUCGACCCCGACGUCAUCUCCACCUUCCCCACCUUCACCUACGCCGAGGUCAAGGACCACAAGCUCGGCAAGAGCGCCCUCGAGUGCGCCGUCUGCCUCAACGAGUUCGAGGACCACGAAACGCUGCGUUUGAUCCCCAAGUGCGACCACGUCUUCCACCCCGACUGCGUCGACGUCUGGCUCGAGUCCCACGUCACCUGCCCCGUCUGCCGCGCCAAUCUCGUCCCCCAACCCGGUGACGAAGAUCCAGAACCGGUUCAGAUCUCAUCUCAACCGGUUCCGGCUUUGGAGAGGUCUGUCUCCAGAACCAGUGAAAUCGCGGUUCAAAUAGAUGAAAACCGCAAUUUCACCGGGUUGGAUAGAAAUGGUACAAACCGGAGUCCGGGUUUUGAUCUCCCGAACCGGCCGCCAAGAUCGUGGUCGGUUCGAACCGCAAAAGCGGUCGGUUUGGAUAAGUUCAGAUCCCACUCGACCGGGCAUUCACUGGUCCAACCGGGUGAGAAUCUUGACCGGUUCACUUUAAGGCUGCCCAAUAUGGUUAGAAAAGAAAUGAUAGACCGGGCCGUAUUGAACCGGACCGGGAGUCUCGCGGCUACUACAUUGCCUAGGGAGAGGAGUUCGCGGAGGGGAUUCAGAGCCGGCGAGGGGAGUAGCCGGUGGGGAUUUUUCACGAGAGGGCUGUCGAUGAAGUCGACAAAGGUGGUGGCGGAGGCCGGGGAAAGUAGCGGGACCAGUGGGCCGCCACUAAGGAUGCCAUCUUUCACGUGUUUGGAGCCGAAAAUGGACGACGAAACCGGUUUAAUUUCGGCGGACCGGAAUAAGUCUCCGGUUUAAAUGGGGUGCACAUGUGUAUGUUUUCUUGUACAAUAUUUUGGUGGAAAAGUUGACUUUAAGCAGAGGCGAAAGAAGAUGACUAGGAAAGGGGAGCCGAUGAAGGUUGAAAAUUUUGAGGUGGAUUAACAAUGUCGGUCAUCGAUUCUUUUUUAAUUCUUUAUUUAAUCUAUUUUUGUCUCUGAAUUCUUGAUCUUUCAUAAGUGAUAGUAAUAUUGUGACAUCUUGGAAAGAUCACAUAAUAAAAUGAGAAAAUAGAAUUUUGUUUUGUAAUUAGAAAUAAGACUUGGUCGUAGGCGAGACUUCGAUCCAGCCCAUUGUAUAUAAUAGUUAAUCUUCUUGGGAAUUUAUUUUUCAUGGGAUAAUUAUUUGUA